AAAGAACACAAAUUUGGGCAUGUUUUAUAACACCAACACACUUGACAGUGGUACAGAAACAAUAGAGAAAGAAGAGAGUUGACAAAAAUGAUAACAGGGGGAGGAGCAUUCGAAGACGAAGAGAAAUGGCUCGCAGAAGGCAUUGCCGCCAUUCAACACAACGCCUUCUAUAUGCACCGCGCCUUGGACUCCAAUAAUCUCAGAGAAGCACUCAAAUUCUCCGCUCUCUUCUUAUCGGAGCUUCGUACUUCGCGCCUUUCUCCGCACAAAUACUACCAGCUCUAUAUGCGUGCUUUCGAUGAGUUACGAAAGCUGGAAGUGUUUUUCAAAGAGGAAGAUCGGCAUGGUUGUUCUGUUGUUGACUUGUAUGAACUUGUUCAACAUGCCGGAAACAUUUUGCCUAGACUGUAUCUACUAUGCACAGUAGGAUCCGUUUACAUCAAGUCAAAGGAUGUUUCUGCUAAAGAUGUUCUUAAAGAUCUCGUGGAGAUGUGCCGUGGUAUUCAACAUCCCAUACGCGGUCUCUUUUUAAGGAGUUACCUUUCUCAAGUUAGCAAAGAUAAGUUGGCAGAGAUUGGUUGUCAGUAUGAAGGAGGCGAAGACUCUGUCAUGGAUGCUGUAGAGUUUGUGCUACAGAACUUUGCUGAGAUGAAUAAGCUCUGGGUCCGAAUGCACCAUCAGGGACCUCCCAGGAUAAAAGAGAAGAUGGAGAAGGAAAGGAGCGAGCUCUGUGAUCUAGUUGGAAAAAAUUUGCAUCUUCUCAGCCAGAUAGAGGGCGUUGAUCUUGAAAUGUACAGAGACACUGUUCUUCCAAGAGUGUUGGAGCAGGUGGUAAACUGCAAGGAUGAGCUUGCGCAAUAUUAUUUGAUGGACUGCAUAAUUCAGGUAUUCCCCGAUGAGUACCACUUGCAGACUCUCGAGACAUUAUUAGGUGCUUUCCCGCAACUUCAGGCAACAGUUGAUAUCAAGACAGUCUUAUCACGAUUAAUGGAGAGACUGUCAAACUAUGCAUCGUCAAGCCCAGAAGUACUGCCCGACUUCCUACAAGUUGAGGCAUUUAAUAAAUUAAGUGGGGCCAUUGGCAAGGUGAUAGAAGCGCAAAUUGACAUGCCGAUUGUCGGAGUCAUCACUUUGUAUGUCUGUCUCCUUACAUUUAGCCUACGUGUUCAUCCUGAACGACUCGAUUACGUUGAUCAUGUGCUGGGAGCAUGCGUCCAAAAACUUUCUGGCAAACCAAAGCUUGAAGAUAGCAGAGCAACAAAACAAGUUGUUACUCUUUUAAGUGCUCCAUUAGAGAAAUACAAUGAUAUUGCCACAGCCUUGACGCUUUCUAAUUAUCCUCGUGUUAUGGACCACCUCGACAGUAGUACAAAUAAAGUAAUGGCGAUGGUUAUUAUUCAAAGCAUAAUGAAGAACAACACAUGUGUUUCCACUUCUGAUAAGGUUGACGUAUUGUUUGAGUUGAUAAGAGGACUUAUAAAGGAUCUUGAUGGGACUCCCGUUGAUGAGCUGGAUGAGGAAGAUUUUAAGGAGGAACAAAAUUCUGUUGCCCGUCUAAUACAUAUGUUGUACAAUGAAGACCCAGAAGAGAUGCUAAAGAUUAUAGUUACUGUGAAGAACCAUAUUAUGACUGGAGGACCGAAGCGUCUACCAUAUACAGUUCCUCCUCUCGUCUUCACUGCUUUGAAGCUGGUAAGGAAAUUGCAAUAUCAGGACGGAGAUGUGACUGGCGAAGAGGUUCCUGCUACUCCAAAGAAUAUUUUUCAGCUCUUAAACCAGACCAUUGAGACUCUUUUGUCUGUUCCAUCACCUGAGCUGGCACUGAGGUUGUACUUGCAUUGUGCUGAGGCUGCCAGUGAUUGCGAACUCGAGCCACUUGCUUAUGAACUCUUUACUCAGGCAUUUGUUUUAUAUGAGGAAGAAGUUGCGGACUCCAAAGCUCAGGUGACUGCGAUACACUUAAUAAUUGGGACUCUACAGAGGAUAAAUGUGUUUGGUGUAGAGAAUAGGGACACCUUAACUCACAAGGCCACAGGGUAUUCAGCGAAACUAUUAAAAAAACCUGACCAGUGCAGAGCAGUUUAUGCAUGUUCGCAUCUCUUUUGGGUUGACAACCCAGAUGGAAUUAAGGAUGGAGAAAGGGUGAUUCUUUGCCUCAAGCGUUCAUUAAGGAUUGCAAAUGCUGCACAGCAGAUGGCAAAUGCUACACGGGGCAGCAGUGGGCCUGUAACUCUUUUUGUUGAAAUCUUGAACAAGUAUCUCUACUUUUUUGAGAAGGGGAAUCCACAUAUAACAAGUGCUGCAAUUCAAGAUCUUGUAGAAUUAAUAAAGACUGAGAUGCAAAGUGACACAACUGCUUCGGAUCCAGCUACGAAUGCUUAUUUUGCCAGCACAUUGAGGUAUAUUCAGUUCCAGAAACAGAAAGGUGGUGUGAUGGGUGAGAAAUUUGAUGCUGUCAAAGUGUGACACUGGGAAUUUGCUGUGUUAAAUUGAAAAUUGGAGUGUUGGCUACAUUAAGUUUUGCUGAAGUGGAUCAUACAUAGUUCAAUGGCUGAGAGCUCUAUAUUAAUCAAAUAGCUGAGUACCCAUAUGGACUUCAGGCGGAUAUUUGUGUUUUGAGGUAAACAGACUUCUGAAAUAACCCCGGCAUCCAAGUCUGGCCUCGGAGAUAUACUUUACAAUUCUGGCUUCCCUGAAAUAGUUGACAAUUCAAGGCUUCCCUGAAAUAGUUGACAAUUCAUGUAAAUUUGGUCGUGUAUGUAAAAUUGAAUUGUAUUUUCUUUCUUUAAAUGUGCAGUGUCCAUUUUAUUACUAAGAAUACUACAGUGCUUUUUAAUUUCAUGUUGGUCCAGACA